CCGUUCGCAGCACGCGAUGCUUCAAAUAAAAGCGCACACGUUUGGGGCGCGUAUCAGAUGUGUGCAGCAGUAGCGUUUCUGCACCAAAGCGGUAGAGCGCAUCAAAAUUUCGAUUUAGGAUCAGUAUUUCAGACGGAAUCUGGAGAUUGUCGUUUGAGUGGGUUUGAGCUGUGCAGCACCGCAGGAGGCAGCUCGAUUGGUAAGAGUAGUAUUUUUUGUUUGAUGGAAAACUCUGGUUGGAAGAGCAGACAUAGCGUUUCAGUUUUCACUAGUCUCGAAUACUGAAAUCCAGUUCCAAUGGAAAUACCAUAAUUUUUGAUUUUAUCUAGAAAAAAUUGAAUUUAAUUCCAAGAAAAGCAUAUUUUUAUUUAGUCGUCUGUAGUAGGCUACAUCUUGCUCAGUCAGACUCAAAUUCUACUGAAAAUUAGCACUCAACUUGAAGACCUCAAUUUGAAAUCCAAGAAUUUUUGAUUUUGUUUAGAAAUUAUCAAAUUCAAUCUUCUGUGCGAUUACAGCUGAGCACAUUCCACUCACAUAAUUGGAUCUGUUCGACUUUGAAAAAUCUAGCUCAAAUUGAAAAUUUCAAUUUGAAAUCCAAUAAUUUUCAAUUUUAUCCAGAAAGAAUCAAAUUCAAUCUGAGAGGAAGCUUAUCACAGAGCGCAGUAUAGUCAGAUUGUAAGAUAGGAUGAAUUUUGAAAAUUCUAGCAGAAAUUGAAAAUUUCAAUUUGGAGCAAGAAAUUUUGAUUUUAUUCCAAAUAAUUCAAAAUCGAUCUUAAUCGACGGCUAUUAUCCAGUAUAUCAUACAUCAUGCACAUAGAACGGAUCGUAGUGUUUGGAUUUGAACAGUAUACCAUUUUCAAGCUGAAUUCUAGAAAUUCUGAUUUUAUUCCAAAUAAUUCAAAUUUAUAUCCAAUCAAUGUAUAUCACCACCUCUCCGGUAUGUUUCUGGAGUGAUAUAUUUACUUUUUUUUGAUGAGUAUCGAUCCAUCGUUACGGUUACCGAAUUCCAGCUUCAAGAUAAAAUUUGUGAACACCAGGUUCUGUGCUCGACAAACGACGAGAAACACCCCAACUUCGUGAAAAUUCCUUGCUCAACAUCUUCGAUAUUCGAGAAGGCGGACUCUCGGGCGAGAAACUGGAUUUAAUCGGCGUGGAUGUCUUUUUGAAGCACGUUUUUCGUAGCAGUGGUUUGCCCUCAUCCCUCGGCGUGACGCUGCAGGACUUGUUAUCGAGGCCAGUAAAUAAUGCUGCUGUAAUUAUGAAUAGCAGGACCAAGUACUAACCAUCAGUAGCAGCAUGGUAAAGAUAAGACCGGAACCGCCUGACCUUGUACACGUUUCUGGUAUCGUUUCGAAGGUAGACCAGUUCGAAUCCUAUCUGCAUGCUGCUACGUACUAAGGACGUAAGAACGUGAAUAAUCACUACGAGUAUACUGUAACACCAUGACUGUCCCCCCUUCUAAUCCCUAACGCCUAGCAGACUGCUCGUACUUCCAAGAGCAUCCUGUCGUCCGGGUAAUGAGCUAUUUAGAGAACCUGCACAUCAAAGAGCCUCACGACAAGGCUGAGUUUUUCGAUCGAUUACCAGCGGAGUUAGACUUAGUCCGGACUGGCCCAGAAAGAAGUACCCUCUUCCCGCUGAUGCUGCCACACUUACUGCAGACGCACCAGCAAUUCGAGCAGUUUCGGCCAGCCUUGUUUCCUAGUCUUUUGAAGAUCGGGACAGAGUUGGCAGACGAUCAUGUGAGUCAGGACGAUGAGGGCCAGACAGGAACUUCUUCCGCGGAUGCUGGAAUGAGCAAGACCCUUUCGCAGUCUUCUGGAGGAGGCACCACGACACCCUCUUCCUCUGCGAAUGACUCCCUCUUCCGCGAGCAGAUAGUCCCUUAUCUACUCGACCAAUUCAAAGUGCCUGAUCGUGCAGUCCGCUACAAGUUACUCCAAGCACUACCACUGUUUCUGCCCAAACUGGAUGAAAAUACGAUCCAAACGAAGAUUUUCCCUGACGUGCAGAAUGGGUUUUCAGACCAGAACGCAUCGAUUCGAGAGGCGACAAUCAAAGCCAUGGUCCUAUUGGCUGAGCGGCUAGACAAAGCCUUGGUGCAAGACAAAGUAGCGAAACUACUGCAAGGCCGAUUGAGGGAUCCAGAGGGGCCGUUGCGGACUAAUGCGGUGAUCUGCUUCGGAAAGUUGGCCAAUCGUAUGGCAGGGAGGAUAAUAAUAACUUCAUUGACAAAUAAGACCCUGAUAAUGACGGAAACACUACCAUAGUUGAUCAAUCAUGGUGCGUUUGCGAGAUUAUAGCCGCGUAGACUCGGGAAUCUAAAAUUAGAAGUAGCAUCGAGACCAAUCAUAUCAAGUAGGAAUCAUCUUCACCAAUAGAAAUACAACUUGAAGAAAAACAAGAUGAAGAGAACACGCAUUGACCCUAUCACACCCCUUCCAUAUUCGGCUUUCAGGAUGCAGCUGGCGUGCUAAAACCCGUUUUUACCAGCAUGCUCGCUGAUGCUUUCGUGCCUUGUCGAAUAGCAACCCUGCAGGCCAUUCGCGCGGUAGCAGGCAGCGCAGAUGAAAUUUUUUAUGUGCGGAAUUCAAUCAGAGUCAGAUGAUCUAAAAACUACAAGUCUACGUCUGUGUAAGACAAAGGCUAUGGCUAAUCAUCUUAACAAGCAUCUAAAAAUUCCAAUUGGAAUUCCAAUUUACUUAUAUCUUUCGGAAAAAUAAAGAACACUCACAUUGUUCUGGAUGAAGCUAUUCCCCGUUCAUUCUCCCACGUUCCAGGAUCUCGCUGGUAUCCUCUUACCGUCCGUUUCGCAACGUAUAGCGAUGGAAAGCGAGCCAACUGUCAUCGACACAGGUAUCCAAGUGCUGCGGGAUCUCACGGGGAUAUUGGCACAGAAGAGGCAAAAACAACAGGAACAGGAGCCGUCUAGUGGCUUGGAUGGCGCUACUAUGUCGUCUACUUCUGCGUCGUCAACCUUCAAACAUAAUCUAGAAAGUAACAAAGGUUCUGCGGAACCUUCAUCAGCGGCAAGUUCUUCUUCUUGGGGCACCUGGGCGUUUUCAAAAUUAGAGAUGAUGCAAGGAAGCAUGGCCUCUAGCAGCAGUACAGGGGGUGGAGGAAGUACUCCGUCUUCUAUACAACAUCCGCAAGCAUCAAUUGGUCCUCCACCUCCAACGGGAACCGGAGCCGGAGCGAAACAGCCGCCACCGCCACCAGAUCAGCAGCAGGGUAGAGGAGCAUAUGGCUUCCAAAGAAAUGCGCUAUAAUAUGCAUAAAUUUUCUGCUUAAUAUGUGCCCAGUCAGAUCAUAUUUUCUCACUAGGACCGGAAAGAAAUGCGUUAAUAUGCAUAUUUUCUGCUUAAGCCAAGAGCAUAUUGUCUCACGAGCACUACCGGAAUUUUUGAAGUUGAACUUGAAUUUGAAUGGAUAAGAUGUGCUUCUUCACAUCUUCUUCACUGAAAUGAUGGUGAUGAUGACCUCGUCGACCUCUUCUUCUAACUACAACACAUGUCGACAAGCCCACCAUCGCCUGCUGCGCAGUCAGCAGCCGUUAUGCUGAAUGCUUCGAUAGGCGCGCGAAAUUCUCCGAAAAGCGGCAGUGGCGCAAGUAGCUUUAAAGUCCCGUCACUCGGUGGCCGUGGCGCAAGUCGGAACCCGAUUCCAAAGAUUAAGGCACUAUGUACUGGCUAAGUCUUCAUAACGAUAACAGUCGUGUUAAGAUAUAAUUAUCAGUCUUUGCAGUUGAGGAAGUUGUCGCUGUCCUGCUCGUAAGCAAAUGAUAUAUUUUUGCGUUGAUUUUAUUGAGUGGCCUUGCGCUUGCGAGACUUUCCUUACCCUGGAGAGCUCUAAGAAAAGUAUUUUCGACAAGAAUCCGCGUUCACCUGCCGGUGCAGGCGGAUGGGAUGAUGACGAUGAAGACCUGUUUGCCGAACUUAAUGGUGGCGAAAAGAAGGUGGAGUCGAAGCCUCCACACAUGCUGUCCAUGAUGAAUACAGAAGGAGGAGGAGGAAUGACUACAAGCAGUUCCUCGUCAUUCACUCCUUUUGGCAGUUCUGGUUCUGGAACUACAGGAGGUGGAAUGAAAAUCGGAGGAGCCUCAACGUCCGGUACUAGCACCUUCUCGAAUAGCGGGAUGAACGCUGGGGGAGGUGGCCCAACUCAACAGCAGCAGUUUUUAUUUCCUGCCUUUUCAACCUCAACGGCUUCUGCUUCAACAUCAACAACAUCGAGUCCGAUCAAGCAGUCCCAAGGUGCCACUGAAAAAACGGCUCCUCCCGUAGCUCAGUCUGUGAAAUCGCAACCAACAACUGUACGAACAGAGGGACCGAUUACUGAUUACAUCACAGAUAACUACAUUUUUCAAUCGUAUUUGCUGAUUGAUCUAAAAAAAUGUAGUUGCGAUGCACUCUCUUUGACAUUCAUCUAGUAGGACUGAUAUGUCUUGUUCAUAGUCUAAUAUGUCUAGUCCCAGUCAAAAAAAAGAAACAUUAUCUCAUGUUCUUCUUCUAACACUUACACCUGCGCAACAGACUGCGGCGAUGUUUGCACCUCUGAAGAGGGAACAGAAAAAGACACCCACGACGGUCCUGGCGGCAAGCGAACUAAAGCAGUCAGCGGAGGAUGCCUUCUGGGAUGAAUUUGAAGAUUGACAGUAGUACUCAGUAGACACGACCUUUUUAGUAGAGUGCUGUUGACGGUGAUGUUGUUGAUGUACUUAGUCUUACAUUGUAAGAAUCAGAAUAUUUUUCUUCUGAUGUAUUGGUUGCUGUUACGUCUCUAUACCUUUUUUUUAUACAAGAAAGUACUUAGAAGAGCAGCGCAGGCACAGUAAUGAUGUUGUUGAUGAUUCCUCGACUUGUUCACGUAAGACAAAGUUUUGAAGAUUAUCCAUUAUUCCUUCCUUCUAUGUUUUUAGUUUUACUCUUUUUUAGCAAAUACUAGUAGAUCCACGUAUACGAGGCUAUAUUGAUUCGAAAGAGAAUCUGUUGCAUACGAAGACAGAGAGACAGGGAGAGUGUGCCAGACAAGGAGCUGUAAUUGUAUGAGAGGAGUUUUUAACUCUGUCGUGUCCGUCUGUCUGUCACACGAGGUGGAUUCCCUGCGAUCCUAUACUAUGCUACCUGAUAUCCUAUCCUCCUCUCUUCUGACUUUGAUUGUUGCUAGCGGUCUACCUGGAGGACGACUUUGUCUCCUCGUAGUGGAUUCAAUGACUACAGAAUGCUGACUCUCUUACACUGAGAGAUGUCAACCACGAAUACUAAAGAGAAAAAGUAGAAAUGCAGCUAAACCCUGCGGAUGGCGGAUCACAUCCUAAUCCUAAUCCUAAAGUGUGUAGUCGUACGUACUCCUGUAAUACUCAAAUAGUGAAGUAAUCCUGAAGAUCAUCAUUAUUGCUCAAUUAAUGAAGUAAUAAGGAUCUCACUGAAUCCUCUGAUUGAAUCCUAUGUGGAGGAGCGAGCAUAUGAUUGAGUCCUAUGUGGAGGAGCGAGCAUAUGAUUGAAUCCUAUGUGGAGGAGCGAACAUAAUUUCAUUGAAUCCUAUCAUGUGGAGGGCGCCGAGCAGAUCUGCAUUUCAACUCUUGUGCCGUCGGUGCACCUGGCAUCCCUGACACGAUCAAGAAGCUUGAGCUUGAUGAGCUUAAACAUUUGCUCUCCAAUGUCCAAGGAAAAGCAAUAGAUUCUAUGAAGACUACGUGCAGCAAGAAAUGUCG